GUCAAAAAACAAUGUCAACAUUUCAAAAUGCCAGGUGCUGUGUGUGAAAUUAUUGAUGAUAUUGAAGAUUUAAUAUCUUCUCAGGACAUAACUCCUAAAGAGAGAUAUGCAAGCAGAAAAAGUGUAAAUGUAAGAUCCAAAAAACGUCAAGUGGAAAAGAAUGUAGAGCCAAUUGAAAAGAUAGUGCUAGAGAGUGUUGUACCAGGAACACAAAAGAUUUAUGUAAAGACAUGGGGGUGUGCACACAACAAUUCCGACUCGGAGUACAUGGCAGGCUUGCUAGCGGCACACGGGUACCCGCUGACGGAGGACAAGUGGGAUGCACAGCUCUGGCUGCUUAAUUCCUGCACUGUCAAGAGCCCUGCUGAGGACCAUUUCAAGAAUGAGAUAGAGUCAGGCCGAAGCCGCGGUAUCCAUGUGGUAGUGGCUGGGUGUGUACCGCAGGGUGCUCCUCGCGCCCCCUACCUGCAGGGGCUCAGCGUGGUUGGUGUGCAGCAGAUUGAUCGUAUUGUUGAGAUUGUGGAGGAGACUCUUAAAGGACACACAGUCCGUCUAUUCGGACAGAAGAAAACUGGAGAAGGUAGAAAAGCGGGAGGGGCAUCGCUUUUACUGCCUAAAGUUCGCAAAAACCCCCUGAUAGAGAUUAUACCUAUCAACACGGGAUGUUUGAACCAAUGUACGUACUGUAAGACCAAACAUGCUCGAGGUGAAUUAGGAAGUUAUCCACCCGAAGAAAUAGUGGAGAGGGCUCGGCAAUCUUUUACAGAGGGAGUUGUUGAGAUCUGGUUGACGAGUGAGGAUACCGGUACAUACGGACGCGACAUUGGCACGUCAUUGCCGGCGUUGCUGCGGCGGCUAGUGACCGUCAUCCCCGCGGGCUGCCGGCUGCGGCUCGGCAUGACCAACCCACCUUACAUUCUGGAGCAUCUUCCAGAUGUGGCUGACAUCAUGCAUCAUCCCAGGGUCUACAAGUUCCUGCAUGUGCCGGUGCAGUCGGGCAGUGACCAGGUGCUUGCAGACAUGAAGAGAGAGUACAGUCGGGCUGACUUUGAACAAGUUGUUGAAUAUCUCAGAGAGCAUGUGCCGGGUAUGACUAUAGCCACAGAUAUAAUCUGCGGCUUCCCCACGGAGACUGAGAGGGACUUCGAGGACACGAUGACACUCUGCAAAAAGUACAAGUUCCCCUCACUCUUCAUCAACCAGUUCUUCCCCAGACCUGGUACUCCUGCAGCCAAGAUGACCAGGGUCCCCGGACAGGAAGUGAAAAAACGUACCAAACAAUUGUCAGAUUUCUUCCGUUCAUAUGAACCGUAUGGUCACAAAGUUGGAGAAGUACAAGAAGUUCUCGUGACAGAUAUAUCACAUGAUAAGAACUACUUUGUAGCUCAUAAUGAAUUCUACGAACAAGUUUUAGUUCCUAAAGAGGAUAAAUAUAUGGGCAAAAUGGUCACAGUGAAAAUAAUGAGUGCGAGUAAAUUCUCUAUGGUCGGGCAGCCCAUAGACAAGCCAAAGAUGGCGGGAGUCGUGCAACCCUUGAAGAAAGGGGAAGUGUCAGGUUUAGUUAGCGUCAGGGAAAAGAAAUUCCCUUUGCCUAUUUUAUUUUUGUUGUUGGCAGUCGUUUUUAGAAUGAUCUGGAUGUUUUUGUAG